GUAUGGCUACACCUUCCCAGCAGUGGUAAAGGUGGGCUCUGCUCAUGCGGGCGUUGGAAAGAUGAAGAUCCACGACCACAGGCAGAUGAGUGACUUCCGCUCAGUGCUGGAGAUGAUGCCAGACGAGCACUGCAUGGUGGAACCCUUCAUUGAAACCCAAGGAGAUCUGAGAAUUCAGAAGAUCGGCGAUCACUAUCGUGCCUUCAAACGCUUGGGACUUUCUGGGGACUGGAAGACGAACACCUGUACCGCGAUUAUGGAUGAGAUCGAGUGCAUCGAGC